AGCAACAUAAAUUUAUACUUGAUAAAUUCAAAUCAAAAAAAAAAAUUGAUGAAUUACGAAAUUUUAAUUAUACAAAAUAUCCGGAAUUUUGGAAUAUAAAAAAAAAUAGAUUUUCAAAAGGUGAAUAUGGUUGGAAAGUUGGAAUAAUUAAAGAAAUUUCAAUUGAAUUUCCUGGAUUUUUAAUUUGGUCUGAUUCUGGAACUAUUAUUAGUCAAAAAACUUUAGAAAAUCUUCCUAAAAUUCUUAAAUUAUAUAAUGGUUUUAUUUCUUCAAAAUCUUCUGGUACAAUGGCUAAAUGGACUCAUCCGGGUGUUUACAAAUAUUUUAAUGAUGAUGAAUGUAUAGCACCACGAGGAAGUAGUAGAAAAAAUCAUCGACAAGAUCAAGCUAUAUUGAUUUAUCUCGUUACAAAUGAUCGCAGAAAAUCUGAAGAUAAAAAACACAUUAAAACUAAAGAUAAAAAACACAUUAAAACUAAAGAUAAAAAACACAUUAAAACUAAAGAUAAAAAAUACAUUAAAACUAAAGAUAAAAAACACAUUAAAACUAAAGAUAAAAAACACAUUAAAGCUAAAGAUAAAAAACACAUUAAAACUAAAGAUAAAAAACACAUUAAACCUAAAAAAAUAUAUUAA